AUGCCAAGCCUCGCCUGCCUCAGCUCGGGCAGAAGCCGAGCCAAGUUACCAGGUAGCCAGUUCAGGUCGAGAGCACCCCUGCAGGCCGUGCUGUCUGCGGCGUCUGGAGCCGAGUCUCCACCUUGUCCCGCUGGCGUGCAGUCGUGCGCUCGCGAAAAGUCAACCAGACAGACGGUGGAAGAUUCUACGGAGUCUGCAAAGCUGCAAACACUUCCAAUCGAGUAUCUGCAGUAUUUGCGUUCACCUGAACGUGUCACGUCUGCAGACUGGUUCGGGACCCUCCUGCUCAUCCCGAAAUCUCGGGUGUUGGACCGCAUUUCCGGGCCCCUUUUGUGGAUGACGGUCGUCGCCACGGUCAUCAGUACAUUGCAUUGCUGUUGCGGCAUGCCGGGACUCCCCACGAUGCAGGUGCACACUCUCCUUGGUUCCGGUCUGAGCCUCCUCUUGGUCUUCAGAACGAAUUCUGCCUACCAGCGUUUCCAGGAAGGCCGCAAGAUCUGGAAUGAUAUACUGGAUCUCACCCGGGACUUGGCUUUGAGCGUGGGCCUCUUCCGAAAGGAGGCAGGACCGAAGCGCAUUCGGAUUAUUCGCACCUCUAUCCAAGCCUUCCCCUUUGCGAUGCAAGAGCACGUCCGGGCCAAGGAGUCCACCAACAUCAAGCAGAGGCUCAACUGGCUGCUGGAGGAGAUGCACCAGGCACGCUUAGAGCUGAGCGGCCGUUCGAAGAGUUCCGGCUCGGGACCCAAAGCACCGCGUGGGCCGAGACCACCGAACCGCCCUUUACACAUCAUCUCGCGACUGCUCAAUGUCGUGAACUCCAUCCCCGACUGUGAGGGAACUUUCACCAAUCGCGAGCGGGUAUGGUUGCUGUCAAUGGUGACGGCGCUGUCCCACACAGUUGGCCGGUGCGAACGGCUUGUCCAGACUCCUGUUCCACUCUCCUAUGCGCGCCAUACUGCGCGCUUCGUUUCCGUUUGGACGUUAACUUUGCCCUUCGCUCUCGUCAGCAGCUACCGGUGGCUCACGGGACCGUGUGUGGCCUUCGUGACCUGGGCGCUCUUUGGCAUCCUGGAAAUUGGAAACCUCAUCGAGGCGCUGGGUUCCAGGGCCUGGGACUUGGGGGGCAGGACCGGGGGAUUGAAAGCUAAGCUGGGCUUGGCAGUCCCGUGCGGUUGUUGUCAUUGUUGCCGACGAGGUUUCAGGAAUGGGUCGCAAAGCUUUCGCGUUUCGUUUAUAGGCAGAGAUCGGGCGGAUGGGAUCUUGGGGGUCGAGAGGGGAAGAGCCGGGAUGUCUGAUGUAGUAGUUUGCAGUAUCUGCGAGAAGUUGCGGUGGGAUCUAUCAAGUCUAAAUCUACGCGGGCUUCGAGUCUGUAGUUGCUAG